AUGUCGUCACUAGUUCCGGCAAGAAUCGUUCGUAAAGCUACAAUAAGAAAGUAUUUUCCGAAAGCUCGCAAACCGUCAAGACCUCCGAAACCGGAUGUUACUUGUGCUAUUAACAAGCGUGCAAAGCAAGCCCAAAAUGUUCAACGUGAGCCGAAACUUAGGAAACAAAUCAUAUUUAAGGAAAUCCGAGAGAUACUAGAUGUAAAUAAAAUGGUGACCGCAUUUCAUUACAAUGACGGUAUCACAUCUGCAGAGUGGGAAGAAUUGCGUUAUAUCUUGCGACAGAAAGGAAUCACAAUGAAAAUUGUACCCAACAAGCUUACCCAGAAAUCUUUAGAAGAUACUCCUUAUGUGAAUAUGCAGCCUUUAUUUGUUAGUUCUACUGGUAUAUUCUAUAGUCAAGAGCCAAGCACUGUAACCGAUAUGAUCAAAAUUUUAUCUAAGUUUCCCAAAAUUGAGAUCCUAGGCGGUAAAUUUGAGAAUCGAUUGUUAGCAAAAUCUGGAAUCUUAGAUUAUGCUCAGCUACCUAGUAUCGAUGUUCUUCGCAGUCAAUUUUGUCAGUUACUGAUACAAACUGCAUCUAGAACCUCGUCUUUAUUAGGUGGUAAUCAAGCACGUUUAUCCUCGCUACUAACACAACACUUAAAGGAAAAGAGCUAG